CCCCCCCCCCCCCGCCCCGCCCCGCCCCCCGGGCGCCUGCGGCCAAAUAGGGAGCGGAGGAGGGCGGGGAUUAGAUGGGACGCACGCGGCGGGAGCGGGGCAGUACCAUGGCGACGGCCCCAGGGCAGGGCUUCCGCGGGGUGUACCUGCUGCUGUGCACGUGCCCGGAGAGGUGGGGCCGCGUCUAUGUGGGCUUCACGGUGCACCCGCGGCGCCGGGAGCUGCAGCACAACCGGGGGCAGCGCUAUGGCGGCGCCCACCGCACCAGUGGGCGCGGGCCAUGGGAGAUGGUGCUGAUUGUCCAUGGCUUCCCCUCCAAUGUGGCUGCUCUCCAGGGGAGUGCCCCGCCCCUGCCAGGCCCCGCCCCCAGUAGGGAGCUGGGGUCUAGUGGAUGGGAGCGACAAGGCCUAAGGGGUUCAGGAGCCCAGACGCCUGGGCUCCUUGGGAGUGGCCCUGACCUGGCCCCGCCCCCCCACAUGCCCAUCACCUCUGGGCCCUUCCCUGACCAGCCCCACCUGGCCCACCAAGCCCCGCCCCCUCCGGCCGUGCCAGGGGGCACUUGCCAGCUCUGCGAGGGGCACUUCCAGGGCGAAGUGGAUGCCCCCCUCCGCUGCAUCCAACCAGGCUGCCCCCUGACCGCUCACCCACCCUGCCUGGCACGCCACUUCCUAAAAGACGAGCCGCAUCAGUUGCUGCCGGUGGAGGGCUGCUGCCCCUGCUGCAACACGCUCGUCCGCUGGGGUGACUUGAUUCGCUCCCACCUGGGUUACCGCAACGACCCCGAGGACGACCUCUGCUCCUCCCAGGGUCACUGGACUGAGGAGUUGCAGGCUGAGAAGGCGGGGCCUCAGGUGGAGUGAGUGGAGCCA